AUGGGAAAAGGGUCAAUUAAAACGGCACGUGAUUUUACAAAAGCAAAGAAGAUUACCCAAAUGGCAAAAGAAUUCGGUUUCGUGCCGGUGUGGCUGAUAUUCGAUGAAGUUGAUGCUGGACCGUCAACUUAUUCACGUAUUUUUGGAGUUUAUGAUACUGGUGCAUCUAUUUGUAUAAUUUCAAAAGAAUACUUACAAUCAAUAGGUUUUAAAAGUAAGUAUUUUACCUUCUUGUUUGAUUCCUUAAGCUGGCUUUUAAACAUUCAUGUGAUGUUUUACACCGAUUGAAUCUUUAACUAAGAGGAUAUUAGUUGGACUUGUAUCAGUCUCCUUUUCCUAACGAAAACACGGGCAUGUAAAUUAUGUAACAUCAAUGGUUUUUAUGAGAAAAAACCAUACUACCAGUAUUACUCAGAAGUAAUAUAAAAAAUGUAUGCUUCUCACACAUAACUUUUAAAGAAGUUUUGUUUCUUGAGUGUUUUCUCAGUUCGAGUGAUAUGGGACCUUUGCGGUAACAUUAAGCCGUUGUGUCUGUUAUCAGUGUCAUAAUAAGAGAUUAUUAACGAUUUAUUUUAGUAGAGAAGGCGACUAUAAGAUGCUGAUUUAACUAAUUCGUAGGUUGAAUUACAAUGAAACAACUUGGGU